AGGAAGCAAUAAGUCAGCAGAAGAGGUGGAGCUGUGUCUUUUGAACUGGUUUGAGUUUCAUUAUUUCCACCGAUUGUUUCGUCAGUAAAGCUGGUCUGAAAGCCGGAUCUGAUUCAUUUGGGGCUGAGAGGAAGCUGGAACAUUUGCUGUUUGUACACUGAGGAGAGAAAACAGAGGUGAUAAUGGCUUACAGCAGAUACUGGAUUCAAGACACAAAUUUCAGAGGCUGUGACUACACGUAUUAUGAAGGGGAACAUGUGAAUUUAACUGAGCUAGAAGAGGACCACCCUGACCAUGGCUACCUGGGGAGGAACAGCACUCCCUUUUAUCCUGAAUGUGUCUUCGAUGUAGCCAACGUUUGCCAUGUAACCGAGAAGAGUGGCCUUCAUGGAAUCUUCAGAGAUCACGGAUUCCGAGGGAAUGAUAGCUUCCUGUGGUGGAGCCUUUCAGUGACUGAUGAAGAUAUCGUCAAUGCUGAGAACAAGUUCCUCACCUCUCAAAAUUUUUCAUGGCAAAACCCGAAUCAGAAGCCUUUCCUGAAAAAAUUCACCACUUCACCCGCAUUCCAGAGCGAAUCCCGUUAUGGCAACUUCCGCUUCACUUUUAAGCUAAAAGAGCUCCUGAAGAUAUACAGCAAGGAGUAUUGCGAAAGAACUGCUCCGAUUCUGCGCGUGUUAGACACCAAGCUCUACAAGCAAGAGAUUCUCUAUUCAAUUUUGGUGCAUCCACGAUACAUGACACACUAUAGGAAAUACCCCCGCCUACCCAUUGAUGAUAAUUCUUUGUGUGGGUAUAGUCAAGGGUCAGUGUCCUGGCGCUGCCAGUCUCCUUCAAAUAACUAUAAAUACCGCCUGAAGGUGGAUGAUGAGGAAGGUGAAGUGUCUGCCAGACCGCUGAGAAGGACAGAAUAUUUUGUAUGGGAUAAAGUAGCCGUGGCCUUCCACAUGAAGCGAGAUUGGAUACUGCCUGUAGGUCAUGCACAGCUAUUUGACAACUUGAGUGUAUGUAAGACAGCUUCAAAAAAUCUGUUAAAGGAACCAAAAAUGUCUGUCCAUGAGGCUAAGAAAGAAGUAGAGAAUUUGAGAAAGAUGUAUCUUUGAUCAGAGGUGGUUGGUCUUGCUUCUGUAGUUUCACAAAAGUUUUGUAAUUCUAACAAAUUCACCCAGACCACAUAUUUAAAAUUAGAAAGUAUGUCUGAAUGAAACUAAUAUGCCACUAAUAUGGUCAGAAGGUGCUGAGUAAUUUUCUAUAACCGCAACUCUAACAGUAGUGCAGGCUGCAAUUCAAUUGACAUGUUUAUAUUAAUAUGUUUUUUUUAAAACAUAGAAUUGUUGAUAUGGUGAAGCUUUCUGCAAGAAGUUCAUUGAACAUUCAUGGAAGGAGUCUUCAGUGUCAGCACUGUUAUAAUGUUAUAAUGUUUGCUAAGUUGUCUUACCACAGACAACUCCUAAUAACAAUCUGAUCUCCUAAUAAUGUCCACUAGAUGGUUGUGAAAUGCCAUGAAGCCUGUUGUUGAAGCUUUGCCUUUCAUUAUAUUGAAUAUGUAAAACCUUCAUAAAUGCUUUCAUAUAUAUUCCUAUACAGUUCAGUGUUUUUAAUAACAUGGAAGUUUCUGCAUCUCUAAAAGUACAUUUGUUCUGGUCUGUUGCUCUGUUUGUUUUUUACCCAUUGACCCAAAAAUGCAAUAAAAGUAAUGAAGGGAAUCUCUUAUUUUCAUCUCCAAAUUCUGAAAAUUUAGAUUACAGUGUGAUCUAUACACUUAAAUUGAUAAUGUGGUGCACACAUGCAUAUUGGGUGGACAGUAGUAUACAUGGUGGUCAGGGGUGGAAAAUACUUCAGAAAAUGUACUUUAUUACUAUUCUUAAGUAUUAUUUUGGCAUACUUAUAGUACUUAAUACACUUCAUCAGUGUAGAAAAAUUGAUCAAGAAUCAUGCCAAUUUGUCAUCUGCAGUGAUAUACAUUGUAGUUAGCUAUCCAUGUGAACACCAUGUACACAGAUCCCAAUAUUCUAAAAUAAACAUUUUAGAUUCUAACUUGUCCAUUAAAAUUGUAAAGUACUGUUAUUACUUUGUAAAUUCGUAGCCAAGGCAAGUUUAUAGCAAAUUUAGAAAAGAGUCUUUUUCUUUUCUUGUUUUUGAUUUCAAUAUGUAUAUGGAUUGAAUGGAAGACAGAUGGGUUUUCCCCCAAAAACUCCUCUGUAAAAUGAAACAUUUUGAGCUAUUAAAAUAAUGAGCCACAGCUAAUCAGAUUGUAAUUAAUUUGCUGAGCAGAGCGACAAUGUUGUUAGUAUUUUAGAAAUGAAUGAACAGGUAAUGAAAUUACAGGAACGUAACUCAGCCACUGUUUGCCAGCUGGUAAGUUGUGGAUGAACCAAAAAUUUAAAGUCAGUGUGAAGAAGCACAGAUCAGGAGUGCAUGUCCAAUCUAAUGAAAAAAAAAAAAAACAUGGAAGUUGGCAAAACAAUGAUCAAUAUGUCAGGACUGGUUAUUAAAAAAA